AUGAUACCGGCACGGCCAGGGGCGGCGACGGGAAGUGAACUAGGCCAGGGAGGGGCACCGGCGCGUGUGGCGGGGUCAGGCGGGCCCUACCAGCGGGCUCUAGGGGGCGGCAGACAGCAGCUCUCACCGGUAGCGGCACGGGCCGUGGCCAGGCUUCGGUGUUUUGGGUGUGGCGAAAUGGGCCAUCGCCAGGCGGUCUGUCCGAAGGGUGCGGCGACACGGGCCUUAUUUACGGAGGAUGUGGGAGACUAUGUCACCGGCGAGGAUUAUCUUGGCUCGAGAUUGAAGGCUGCAGCUAGCUCGAGUCCGGCUUGGGAGUGCAGGCUGCAGCUUGGUCAAGACUUGUAA